AUGGUACGAAAGUUGAAGUUCCACGAGCAGAAGUUGCUAAGAAAGACCGACUUCAUAACAUGGGAGAUCGAUCAAAAGAAUAAGCAGGCAGAAAUGAUGCAGAAAUAUCAUGUGACAAAACGAGAGCAUUAUGCCGUAUAUAAUCGACUUGCUAAUGAUGUACGAACGAUUGCCAACAAAUUGAAAGAUCUUCCGCAAGGAGAAUCAUUUCGACAAGAAAAAACGAAAGAACUUCUGGGAAAGCUUUACACCCUCGGGAUCAUCGCAACAGCCGACACACUUGAAAAGGCCUCAAAUAUUUCGGGAUCUUCUUUUGCUCGAAGACGUCUCCCUGUUUGUAUGAAGCGAUCUGAAAUGGUUCCUUCGGUUCGACAAGCCAGCGAUUUUGUUGAACAAGGGCAUAUUCGAGUUGGCCCCAAAUUGGCCAUGGAUCCGGCUUUUAUGGUCACGCGAGCACAGGAAGAUAUGAUUACGUGGUGUCGGGCAUCGAAAAUUCGUGAACAAGUGCUUGAAUACAAUGAGGCGUUGGAUGACUUCGAUUUGGCG